CCGAAUUCUUAUCGGCAUACACAACUGCGUCCAAGAUGGAUUCUAUUCACGAGAGUUUUGAGUACCUAGACAACAGCGAAGAUCUUUCCUUUAACAGGAGCCAUAGUAGUAUGGUAAAUGGCUAUUCGGACCACAAGCCUGAUUUUGAUGACGCGAAUGAAAUAAGACAAAACUUGAGAUCCGCGAUGAAAGGAGCUCGACAGCGUAUUGCAAAUCUUCGAUUGGACCUGGAAGAAAAGUGUGUGAGCUGUAAUUAUUAUGCUUGUAAUUACUUUACGUUUUUCGUGCAAUAUGUAAUAUAAUUCUGGAGCGUUUGUAGUAUUAAGCUGAGUAUCUCGAGUGUAUAAAUUCCUAAGCUCUUGUAUUCAAAGGAUUGUUUGUUUCGAUAUGAUACGUGAACCAGAGAGAAUCUUAGCAAAUAUUGUUCGAUAGCAACCGACCGCUAAAACGACGCCGAUUAUAAGCUUGCGCUUACUGAUGUCAAUUUAUUGAAUACGUAUCUCCAUUUCUGUGUUUAACAGUCAUUCUUUAGGUAUGCAAUGUAUGUAUGUUUUUUUUUUUUCUUCUUCUUCUUAUGGUAUGCAAUUAUUAUUUUAUAUCCGCGCGAUGGUUACCGCCUUUGCGGAUUAAUAAAGUAAAAGUAAAAGUAAAAAGUAUCAAAUACGUAAAUCUGUACAAAUGAAUUUAAAUGGCGACUUCCAGUGUUGUCAAAGAAGAGAUCAAAGCCUAAAAACUGGCUGUGUUUGGUGCCGAAUGUGUCAGGUACUACGUACAAGUCUUCAAUUGCCCAAAGCCAAGCAAUCACAGAGUACACACCGUGAUAUGAAAAGUAUUUAAGCAUCACUUUUCAGUGAAGUUUUACUUAACAUUUUACAGUACUAUGUACAGGAACUUGAAUUGACUUCCAUUCUUAAAUACUUUUUGGUGUUCUUGCUGUUUCUAAAGUUUUACAAACCACCUGCUUUUUAUGUUUUAUUUUGAACAAUAAAACAAACACAAAGAAAUGAUAUUUUUGCUGGUGGUCUAUUUAUUUUUUGAGUAUCGAUAAUUGGCUUUCAGCUCUAAAGAACAAUAUGUUAUUUUUCUUUGAGUAUCACUAUAAUUUUGUUAAAAUGACUAAACUGAAAAUUGAUAUUUCUCAAUAUAUUAUAAAAAUUACUCAUGCAUAAACCAUAAAAAUAUAUUAUGCCGGUUGAAAGCAUGAGUGGGCUUUUCUAAAACUUGUCACUUUAAUCUGAGUAUCUUUUUUGGCAAGAUGGAAAUUGCAUUAUUUAAAUAUAAGUACAUUUGCUCAUGUGGUUUUGAUUGUUAACCUGGCAACAUUCAGUUAUAUCCUUUUAUAGUAAUUAUUUCGCUUCUGAAUGUAAAUUAUUGUAUUGUUAAAAUUUUUAUUUGAUUUCCCAACCUUGACGUGAACUUUAUAAAGCUAAUGUUUUAUAUUUGUGAAUUUAAUUAACCACUCUUGAAUCUGCACAGUUGGUCAGCUGAUAUUUGGAGUGCAAAAUGUAAGAAAAAAAUGCCCAACCCCCCCCCCCCCCCACCCACCUUUCCUUCUCUACUACCACUUCUCAUUUAUACUUCACUGUUAGAUAUCUCUGCCAGCAGGGAAAGAGAACCACAAAUAUUACAAGUAAGCUUGGCAUAGUGAGAGAAAAAUAGGAGGAAGGAAAUACAUUCCUUAUCUUGCACCUUUCUGUAAUUUGUUUUUCACCAUAAGAAAUCUCUGUUAGCAGGGAAAAGGAGCAACAAAUGCCACUUAGCUACUGUUUUCUUUUUAGAUAAUUCUUUCAUGUUGUGAAUUCUCUCCAGAGAUAAACUUCUGAGUGCAGAGAAAUCUUUGAGGCAAAAUCUUGAGGCACAGUUAGCAGAAAAAACCGAGCAGUUGUACAAGGAAAGAGUGUCAAGUAUGCAUGGAGAUAAUGGAAGAUAUUCACCAAACCCAAUGUUAAGCAGUUUUGGAAGUGAUACCUCAUUCAGGGAAGAACUCUCAGCAGCACAACGUUUAAACCUUCAGGUAAAAAUCCUUGAAUAUUGUUGCUUUUCAUAUGAGAGCUUUCCCUACAGUUUUCAUAUAACUGAUCCCUUUUUCUUACAUAAUUUCACCAUUCAUGUUAAAAACUGUCACUGUGUGGAACAUGUCCAAGGUGGCUAAUGCUAAGUCAUGACUGACACCCAGGGUCUGGUUAAGUGCCAGCAACCGGCUGAAAAACUUGCUACUUUAAGGUUUGAGUCGUCCAUUUUAUGCAGAAAAAGGGUAAAGUAAGGCCGUGAAAGCCUCAAAUUUCCUACAGUACUUGAUUGCCAAGCCACUUAUUUUUACAUCCUAGUUGUGUUCUUUAAUGUAACAAGUAGUAUCAAUCCAGAAGUAAUUUAUUUGUUGGUUUUUAAUUUAAACGUAGUGCUAUUGAAAAUAAACAGUACAGUAAACUCUCACCUUGUGGACACCCUGCUAUAACAGACACCCCGAUAAUAAGGAUGGCAGUUACAUUCCAGCCAAAAAUAAAUACAGGCAUUUGAAUGAAAUAAACUCCCGCCAUUACAGACUCUUGUUAAUGAGGACACUAACUCGAGGUCCUAACGGUAGUGUUCAUAAUAAAGAGAUUUGACUGUACUUGUUUGUUUAAUUGACAGACUGAAAGCUGUGCAAAGCGUUACCCUUUCAAUGUUAUUAUUUGCAGCUUACAGAUAAGCUUACCAAAGCAGAAGCAGAAAUUCAAGCAUCUAAGAUGAGUCGAGAUGACUUGUUAGCUCAAACAGAGUCUCAAAUAGCUGCUCGAGGAGCAGGUAGAAAUUGAUUUUAAUUCUUGUCAAAUCUGUAGAGUUCAGCUCAUAUGUAAUCUAAUUUUUGUAUAUAUUAUUAAUGUUUAGAACUCUUGCACCAGUUUGGCACCAUAUCAGGUCAGCUACAUACACAUGUAGUGAUAUCCUUCAGGCAGGCUAGACUUUUUUUUCAGUUUUCAUGAAUAACAUGUCAUGGCUAUUACAGUUUGAAAGGAAUCAUGUUCAAGGACAUGUUAAGUGGUCUUGCCAAAGCAACUACAGACUCCUGUUGCUUCGAACCUUCAAGGGAAAUAGAAAAAAGUUCAAGUUUUCGGGAGUUUGAGUUAUUGAGGGUAAAAUUAUAUAGAAAAUUAUCUCAAGGGAAAUGAAAAUUGCUUCGAGUUAGCAGAAGGUUCGAGUUACAGAGGGUUCGAGUUACCGGGAGUCGACUGUAUAGGGUUAGAUGGAUGCUAUCUGGUACCUCGCACCAGUUAUGAAAAAGUUGGCUCAAGUAAAAAAAUAUUGCUGACAGCCUCUGACAAAACUACUGUGAUAAUCUAAGUAAAUUACUUUUAAUUUACAUUGAUGGUAGACUGAUUUUUAUGUUUUGAUCAAUUUUUUCAGCUCUUGUUGAAAAAAUCUACCAAGCUCAAAAAGAACGUGAUGCAGCAAUGAAUGCAAGACUGAAGAUGGCUUCCAGUGAGCGUGAGGAAUUACUGGAUAAACUAAGAAGAACUGAAAGAGAACAUACAGGGUAUGAAAAUAUGCUUUCAUUUUUCCUUCUUGUUUUGCCAUGUAGGAGGCCCCUGCAAUACUUCUAGGUACCUCAUGCUGAACUUUGAUAAGGUCCUGCCAGCUGUAUUGGCCCUAUUCAACACCGUUACUAAGGGUGUUUUCCUAAAGUCAGAACUGGCCAGCCGGACAGGUCAUAUUUGAAAAUAAAAUGUUAACUCUUUCUUAAAAUCUUCACUUAAACCUACCACAGCGAACCAUUGAACUGGCUGGAUAGUUGUGAUUAAUAGUGGAAUUCUCUUUCAACUGAACUGGUCUGGUUGGCCAGUUCUAACUAGUGGAGAGAGCCUGAGCCCUAAGAUUUCAGGAGUAAGGUAUAUGCAAUUAGUAGGUGGGGUAUUCAACUGCUAGAAAGUUCUUUUGGUCAUAUUGUCAUGUUCGAUUUUGAUGAAAGUUGCCGAGGGUCACACUUGUAGUAGCCAGGGCAGCGUGCAAAGAAAGUACUGUCCGAUAGCCUGGGGCUAGUGGAUUUUGCUAUCGGGCUAGUAAAUUCUGUUUUUAACUUGCCCGACGGGCAAGUGAUGUUUUAUGAGGAAUUUGAAUAACAAAAGAACAAAAACCUUUUGGGGCUAGUUGAAAUGACGUCUGGGCUAGUCAAUGCUAGCUUCAGCUUGAUCGAAUGGUAAGCUGUAAAAAUUAUUUUCUUUGCACCCUGCAGGGAAAAUACCCAGCCCACAGGCCUAGGUCAGAACCCUGCUCAUUGAUCCAAAUCACACCAUUUCCUUUUUUUUUUCUAUGCUAACUAGUAUUUUUAAGAAGGUCAGCCUAUGCCUCACAUUCACUCAAAAAUUAGUACUACAGUCCACUUUUGUAAAAUGGUCUAUUCGAUCUACAGCAAUGGCUAUUACAAUACUGACACCUAGAUCUGUGGCUGUGUUAAUAUUGUUUUGUGUCAUUCUUGUUUUACAGUUUUGAUUCUGGUGUUGAUAGUGUCUAUGAUGAAGAAGAAUCCGAACCAGUAAGUGUUCGUAACCCUUUAAGCCCUAAGAGUGAUCAGCAUCAAAUUUCUCUUUGUAAUAUCAAUGCUUUGUAAAACAGAUUCGUCAUGAGAAUUAGGGACAUGAUCACAGAAGAUGAAUUUGCUUGAUAUUUUAUCAAUUUCUCCCCACUACCUCUGUAGGAAAUGAAUAGGGGCAACAAAUGAGAAUUCAAUUUUUAAUCUUAGGCCCAUGGGCCUAAGAUUAAAAAUUGAAUUUAUUUUCAAAUUGAAUUUAUUUUCAAAUAUUGAAUUUAUUUUCAAAUAUGACCUGCAGUUCAGACACCGUACUUUUCAUGAGCCGAACCUAAUUCGAAUUAAGACCGACCCAAAUUAUUUGGACCGGCUGAAUUGAUUCAGACGCCGAUCUUAAUUCCAGCCGAACUAAAUUCAGGAGGAGAAAUAUGCUCAUUUCGGUCAAACUGCUUAGAAAAUACAUUAUUUAUGCAUUAGGUUAGGUACAUGAAAAGUUCGGCGUCUGAAUCAAAGCCGUUCCAAAGCCGUUCCAGAGGCGAAAUUCCCGGCCAGGCUAGGUGAAAAGAACGGCUGAGCCGUUCCAAAUUGAAACAGGUGUUCCUAAUUGAUUCAGACGCCGAACUUUUCAUGUACUUAAUUCAAUGUAUUAGGUUCAGCUCAUGAAAAGUUCGGCGUCUGAACCGGGCCUUAGGGUUUUAAAGGGUUAAUCUUUCCUUACUUUGUACUAACAAAGAAAGUUUCAAGCUAUAGUUGUACAUGAUUCUGAAUAUUAAAACAUUAAAAUAAAAUUGUAUAUAUAUUUUUUCAACAGACCAUGAGAUCUUUACUUGGUAGAAUAGCCUCCUCUGAAACUCCUGAAUCAAUUGACAAACAUGGUAAUUUAAUGGCUCACAAGAUAAGGACAGUACAGAAAAACAGAAAGAAAAUGGUGACGGAAGAACUUAAAGCUGUUAUCGCUGAAAGAGAUGCUGCUGUGGAAAAGGUCAAUUCUCAGAUUGCUUGAUUUUAACCCUUUAAGUCCCAAUAGUGACCAACAACAAGUUUCUCCUAACAAUAUCCAUACACUGUCAAGAGAUAAAGUUAUGAGAAUUGAUAAAAUGAUCAUAAUAGAGAAAAUUCCAUGACCUUUUAUCAAAUUCUCUUAACUAAUUCUUGAAGGAGAUGUAUGGAGAUCAGUUUGGAGAAUUUGUAUGAGGAUAUUGGGGCUUAAAGGGUUAACAGUCUGUUUAAGGUUCUAAUUAAUACAGCCAAAGUAUGAGUUUGUUGUACUUCGCAAGAAGUUCUAGUUCUUUUGCUUAACUCUCAUUGUGUUGCUCUGAGAUUUAACUGCUCUGAGUUCUGCUUGGGCAGGCUAAACAAAUACUUUGUAUGCUUACACUGUAAGAUCAUGUUCACUGAAGUAAUUCCAUAUCUUUUUUCAUUUUGCAGUCAAAGGCACUGGAAGCAGAGGUCAUCAAUCUCCGGAAAGAAAUUGAAAUAAUGAAAAACCAGCACAAGUUAAUUGAUAGACAAAGGCUUAAGGCCAUUCAGGUAAAGUAUACACUGCCAGACCACACCGUAUCUUCAGGAAUAUCAGUUUUUCAGGAAAAAGCAUUCUGUGCAGGCUCAUGAAGGGAGCUUUUGGGUUUGACAAGCAUGGAUGUAAAAGAAUUUAAAUUAACAGACUACCGUUGAUGAUUGAGGUAUACACACUUAAUGGAUUAGACUUGAGAUUCUUUAUCUGAAACGUUUUGUUUAUUGGUGAAAAUAAAGUGGAGGGCUUUGUCACGUGUUCCUUCCCCAUGUUGGGGAGGAUUGCGUGACAAGCCAUAAGAAUAUUUGAGUGGGAGGCUAUAAAAAAGUUGGCAUAAUUCAGCAUUUCCAGGUAGACCAUAAUGGUCCAUUAAUUUUAUCCCCCAAAAUAUGUGCAUAACCAUUGUCUUUGAUUUCUCUUGGCACAACUGUAAUACCCAGGAGAAACUAGAAACAAUAAUUGUUAUAAAAAAUUUGAGGGGUCAAACAAGGUGCAUUGUGGUCUAUGUGAAAAUCUGAAUUGGAAGUAUGAUUUAGCAAGCGACGUAAGGUUUGCAGCUCAAUGCGUGCUGGUGGUAUAGAACUGGGUUGCACUGACUUCACAGGCAGCAUAAAGAUCUCAUUUUCAGACUUCAGUCAGUUUGCAGGGUGUUUCAUAGGACUUAGUGGAUUAAGAUUUGUAAAUCUGUUUUUUACUCUUUGUAACAGAAUCAGUCGGCCCAGGCGAUACAAGAGAGAGAUUUAGCCUUGAAGAAGAGCAAAAGACUUGAGGAAGAAAUUGAAACUAUCAGAGUUUAUUACAGGUUAGGAACUCCUCAAAAAUUUUUGUGACUUGUAAAACUUUUUUCAGUGCUGACUGAAAUAUGAACGUUAAAGGCGAACGGCUGCUUGCAAGUUACCUCACUGUUCGAUAUCUUCAAAAACUCUGCCUAAAUGUUUCAAGUGAAACGAGAACGAGAAGGUCUCUUCGAUGACUAAAAUUUCUUUGUUACUUUACUUUUUACUACUUUAGUUUCUUUUUUUUUAUUAAUCAUGAAUUAUUUCACAGUUUACACGGAUCCCUAACGCAAGAACAAUCUCUUCGCGACCAAUUUAACCAAACCAUGGAUAACUUUGAAAGUCGAUUAAGAGCCCGUGAUGUAGACAUCCAGCAAGCACAGCGGAGUUAUGAUGAAGUGGUUGCGAAACUUAAGUCUGUGUCACAGGAAAGAAACACGCUCGCUAAACAACUUGAGGAGUCUUCUAAAAACAGACAACGGGAGAAAGACAGAGCUGACAAGUAAGUUCAAGACAACUUAGUAACACGGCAAUGAAGUUGAGCAACAAUCUUAAACAAGACCGAUGGAACAUUUCGACCCCUCCCCCUUCCCUCUUCCCCUUCCCCCCUCCAGGUCAAGGAUAAGAACAUUGGGGUUUUGGCCUUUGAGCGGCUUUAUCCUUGAUUUAGGGGAGAUGGGGAGAGUGCUGUAGCCUUUUUGCUGCCCAAAAUUGUAGUGCGCAGUCGUUCUUUGUGUCGUCACGCAACGCAAGGAGCAUCGUUUCUUGAUGAAAAAAAGUUUUGGCUCCGUAUGAGACUACCGUUAAGUUUACGAUCUGAUCGCCCUCAUUUUCUCCUACCUCCCCUUUUUCUUACUCUCAAAUAUUAAGAACGGUGCAAGAAAGAGAACCCAUAAGUUAAAAUGGCGAGGGAACUGUCCCGUCUUCUCCCCUUUUUUUCAACCCCCUCUUUUCCCGUUGCUCCUGAGCACUCUGUAAUUUUGCGCACAAGUUGCUUGUACUUCCUAAUUUACAGGCUGAACUAUUGUUUACGAGGUUAGUCAGUCAUUGAAACCUACCAUAUAUAUUUUUCAAUUUUCAUGUAUCUUCCAACGUUAAGGGGGCCCAUUUUGUCCAACCUCGGUUAUAUUUCUUUCCAAAAAAACUAAAUUUACUUGCCCGUUGCUAUAUUUGCUUUUCUUUUUGCUUUAUUUUUGUAGGUUAGAAAGAUUGGUGGGAGUUCUGCGCAAACGCAUUUCAGACUCGGGUGGAACAAGCGUAGCAACUAUCAACUAGAGGGAGGAGUGGGGAUAGGGCGAAGGAGUAAUAUUAGAGGGGUGGGGUAAGGAACGGUGGACCAUUCUAGGUGUAUCUUAAGUAUCCGAGGAGCCCAGGGAAAAGGUUGCGAUCAAUGGACGCCUUAUUAUUAGAUGCUAGGAGUGUACAAUUAGUUUCCCUUGCAAAGAGAUUAGAUUUUUAUGUCUUCGGGAAAGUGCCACCAAAGGGGAAGGGGUGAAUCGUUUGUGUCACUAGGGGGGAGGGGUGAGUCAUUAGUCUCUCUUCUUGGGACAGAGUAUAAGUGUAUAUAUUAUACAUGUAAGAUAAUAGCAGGAAAAAUGAGCUUGUAUUUUACUUAUUUGUACUGAGAGAAUGAAUAUGAGACAAAAAAGAAUCCUUUUGGAUCAGUUAUCUGAAAAAUGACCAAGAAAAGUUGUCACUCUGUCCAGAAAUAAUUUAUUUGCGGUUUAAUCAAAGCUGUUUGUGUUUUGUUCAAUUACUGCUCAUUAACCCGUUUUGGUGUCUUUUUUCUUUCAUUUUUGGCCGGAGUAAAGGAGAUAUCAACAAAAGUACAAAAUAUUCUCUCAUCUUCAAAUACCGUAGAAUCCCGGUUAUAAGCCCCCCCGAUUAUAAGCCCACCUCUCUGCUAAUAGAAAUUUCCUCCCGGUUAUAAGCCCCCCCGGUUAUAAGCCCACCCGAUUAUAAGCCCAACUCUCUGCUAAUAGAAAUUUCCUCCCGGUUAUACCCCUGUUAUACCGGGUACCGUAUACAGUUAACAAUAAUUAGGCGGUAAAUUAGCGACAUACCGUAUUUUUUAGACGUUUUUUUCCUCCCUAUUAUAAGCCCCCCCGAUUAUAGGCCCACCCAAAAACCCUUACGAAAUUGUAUAAGCCCAGGGCUUAUAACCGGGAUUCUACGGUACCGUAUUUAUUCGAAUAAGCGCCCAACCUCGAAUUAGCGCCCACCUCGAAUAAGCGCCCAUCCUAAAGGCAGAAAAAGUUAAUAAGCGCCCA